AUGCCUCCUUCCAACCGCAAGCGCAAAGUCGGCGACGACAAGGAGAGCAGUACCGCUAGUAGUAGCAGCAGCAAGCCUCGGAAGAAGGAGACGCAACGAACGAUUCAAAAGGCUCGCGUGUAUUUUCGCGCUGGUUUCAUUUCCCAAAAUCCUGGCAAGGAAGAAGACUUUGACGAAGCCUGGAACAAUUGGAUGGCCACCAAAGGAGAUCAACCAGCUGAUGAAUUCCCGGGAGUUCCUGGAUAUGGUAGUCGACAACCCGCUUCCAAAAAACGCAAAACUAGCACUACUGCUGCUAGUGCCAAAAAGACAACUCCUGCCAAGAAAACACCCACUGCUGCUGCCGCUGCGCCUACACCCGCUGCUGCUACGGCGUCUCGUUCCCCCGAUACGUCGUCUCGCAAGCAACAAAAAGAACCCGGAUACAAGGAGCGGGCUCGAAUGGCCAUGAAAAAGGAUUCGUCCGCACAACCCAAGAAAGCAACACCCGCCAAAAAAGCCGCCACACCACCACGUCCUGCUGCAGCUGCUCCCAAACGAACUGCCUCACCAGCCGCACGAAGCACACAGGCCUAUCGAACUCGCCGCACACCCGCCAAGAAUGAGGAGGUGGAGGAACCAGCCGAAGACACACUUCCAAAACCUCCCACUCGGUUCCCCAAAACGGCAACUCCUGAAACACAAGCGCCAGCAGCAGCAGCAGACACUGGAGGACCUGCAUUCCGGCCGGCGCCUGUUGAACGAUGGGAAACUCUUCAGCCACUCCUUCGAAAGCUCUUUUUGGUACUGGGAGUUCCUUUGCUGGCCCUGGCUGUUCUCAUUUUUGGGGUUGGACGAUACAACCCCAAGUCGCAAAUGUGGAUGAUUGUAGGACAUACUCGUCGACACUGUUCCACCCACACUGUCAUUUUCGGAUCGCCUUGUCGUGCCACGGAUCCAUCCAAUCCGUACAUUGUCACGGACGCCAUUGACUUGGGAUCGGUAUUGCAGCAACAACAGCGCUGUUACCAUGACUCGCCACAACAUGUUCUAGCCCUCUUGGAUCACGAUGAUGCCCACCAGAAUAAUGCUCCCGCCAAAAUGACUGACCAGCAUUGUCCCAAUGGGUUCAUUCAGUGUCCAUCCAAUGCCAUUUGCUACAACGGUCAUCUUUUGGAUUGUCUAGCUCCUGCGUGGGUCAUGUACGACAACAAGAAUGACAACGACAACAAGAAACCUCCGCUCUGUGUCUUGAGCCAAGCCGUCAACAACACGUACAUGGACCUCGUCAGUUUGAUUGAAACUUGGUCGGUACAGCAUUUGUGCAUGAUACGCACCGAAGGGCCCGUGCCGCAAUCCUUUUACAUGCAACAGCAGCCAAGCAGCUCUAAGGAAGCCUCGGUCGUUGUCAAGGCAGACGA